AUGAAAUCAAAGAAAAAUACCAAUGUAAAAGGUCGAAAACGAUUAAAAUUAGAUGCACUACCUAUUGAAAUAGAACCUCUAACGACUAUUAUUACUACUACAGCAACACACUCACAUUCAAUCGCUAUUCAAACAGAUCUUGAUAUGACUUGUUUAAGUACUCUAUUUGAAAAUCUGUCACUUCUUCAACAAAAUUCUAUCAAUACAUCAAUAUGCAUUGAACGUUUUCGGAAUGAUGAUUUGAACGUAAAAUACUACACUGGUUUCAAAUCUUAUAAUAUUUUCGAGAUGGUUUUUGAGUUAUUGGAAGGUCAAUAUGAUGAGUAUUUCAUCGCAUAUUCAACGCGACCAGAGUGUGACUUACCAUAUGGAAUGUUAACAGAAGUACACAAGCUCUCCAAGAAGAAUCAAUUUUUCUUAUUUAUGAUUCGUUUAAGGCGAGGAACUGAUUUACAAGAACUAGGAACUUUUUUCAAUUUAUCUCAUUCUACUGUUAGUAGAAUAAUUAUUUCCUGGACUCGUUUUGUCUACUCGGUUUUCAAUUCGAUCUCUCUUUGGCAAUCGAAAGAAAAAGUACAACAAAAUCUUCCAUUUGAGAUGAAGAAAAACUACCCAACGGUACGGGUUAUUGUUGAUUGUACGGAGUUUGAAAUCGAGCAGCCGCGAAAUCCGCAAGCACAACAAAAUACAUGGUCAAAUUAUAAAAAUACUAAUACAGCCAAAGGACUUAUUGGCAUUACACCAAAUGGUGUGGUUUCAUACAUUUCUCCUUUGUAUGGAGGGGCCACAACUGACCGUGCUAUUUUAAAUAUGGAAGGCUGUGGAAGUCUGAUUGAACUUCUUGAAGACGGUGAUCAAGUGAUGUCUGACAGAGGUUUUUCAUUAGAUCGUAAGUUUUCUCAUCUUACUCUUGUUCAUCCACCAUUUCUUGAACGACACCCACAACUAUUACCUGAAAACGUAUUGAAAACUCGCAUCAUCGCUCAGCACAGGAUACACGUGGAAAGGUUUAUGGGCCGUAUUAAAAAUUACAAAUUGUUAAAUGGUAUUAUUCCAAUCAAAUCAAUACACCUCCUUGAUUAUUGGUUUUAUAUUUGCUCUUUCCUUACCAUUUUUGACGAACCUCUUGUCAAAAAUAUUUGA